AUGGCUGGAGGAAAAAUCUUAAGUGCAAAUGAAGGUGCCCUUCUUAAGGAUCCCACAGAUUAUAGAAGUGCUCUAGGAACAUUGCAGUACUUGACAAACACCAGACCCGACAUCUCAUUUGCUGUAAAUCAUCUCAGUCAAUUCCUCAGUAAGCCCACAACUGAACAUUGGAAAGGAGUGAAAAGAAUUUUCAGGUAUUUGAAGGGUACAUCUCAAUUUGGCUUGUCUAUCACACCUUCUCAGCUUUUAAAUAUAACAGCCUAUGCUGAUGCGAAUUGGGCAGCUUGCCCAGAUGACAGACGAUCAGUAUCUGGGUAUUGUACAUACUUGGGAGGUUCACUAGUUUCAUGGUGUUCCAAGAAACAAAGUGUUGUGUCGAGAUCCAGCACUGAAUCAGAAUAUCGAGCACUCUCUAAUAUUGCAGCUGAACUUGCCUGCAUUAAUGCAGCAGCUCUUGUUGAAAAUCCAGUGUAUCAUGCAAGAACGAAGCAUAUUGAGAUUGAUGUGCAUUAUGUUUGUGAUCAAGUGCUAGCUGGGAAAUUGAAAAUCAAAUAUGUUCCUUCUAAUGAGCAGAAUGCCAACUUUUUUACUAAACCGCUAUACAGGGCUCAGUUUGUAUAUCUUAGAGACAAACUCAAAAUUCAGUCUUUACCCUCUCGUUUGAGGGGGGUGUUAAGGAUAUAG